AUGUCACAAGAAUUAAACACCAAUAACAGUAACACAGCAAAUAAAAAUGUCACAUUUUCAAAUUCUCCUAAUGACUUGCAGCAACAGCAACAACAUAGCCCUGCUAUCAGCAACAAACGAUACAACAGUAGCAACAACAACUCUGCCAUACCCAAACGUGGAAGUAGAAAAAAAACACUUUCACUAAACCCAGAAGAGAGAGAAGCUUUAGAAAACUUAGUCGAGGAAGUCAUUAUCGAUGGAGGAAUGGGUGACAGCGAGAGUGGGUCCUCAGACGAUGAUGACGGUCUACAAAAUAAUGUUAGUCCCUCAAAAAAGUCACAAGAUGACAGCCAAAGCGACUCAGCUUCUGGGGAACUGAAGCCAGUUAAUUACAAAAUGCCAAAAAAGUAUUACCCAGGUCAGUUGAAAGUUGCUCUAAAGCAUAUGACAGAUCUCCCUCCUAGGUUUAGUAGAAAGUUGAAGAAGGCAGAGAAAUAUUUAGAAUUAAAUGCUUCUCACAGAAAAGUCCUGGCAGCAUCAUCUAGUAUCAAGGAAGAGGAUGAGGAAGAUAAUUCAAACAUUUCAAUUUCUACCAUUUCUACAUCCACCCCAAAUUCCUUCAGCCACACAACUUCGAGCGGACAUGAUGAGAGCUCUCCAUCUUCAAACUGUGACGUUGCUAACUCCAGUUUCAAUGCCAUCAGCUUCAACAACAAUAACAACAACAACAGUUCAAACAAACUAAAACCUGUUAGAGACAGGCCACAGAAAGAUGAUUUGAAAAAGACAAUAAGAAGUUUAUUGACAGAUUUGGACCAAUACGUCGAUGAGAGUGAUCGCGCCUCUAUCUCACUUGACCUACCAGGAGCUGUUUCCUGCUCAGACUUGGAGAAGGACAGUCUCCAACAGAUGUCAACCACUCAGGUUUCACCUGCUAGUUUAGGUAAUACAGACCAGAACAACAACAAAAAGAGUUACAGCAUAAAAGGCAGGUUAGAACACAGUCCUGGUUACCCAAGUGACAGAAAGAGCAAGAAGAAUGUCAUUCAUGACAACUUACCAUCAUCCAAAGAGAGACACUCACAUGCUGCUCACAAUUGUGCUGCUGGCCUCUCUCCAAAUUAUUAUCCUCACAUGUCUAACAUAUCAUCACCCAUCUCCUCUUCAAAGUACAAUCAGAUUGGAACGGUAUCCAGCAAUCUAAGUUACCAGAGUGGAAGUCUAAGCAUUGCCAGCACAUCAGACAACCUUUCAUCAUCCUUCAACAAGUCAGAUAGCAAGCCGGUUGGUUUCAAGGUUCAAGAAUAUUCUUCUGCCAAUUCCAGUUUUAUAGAUACCAAUUCAUCACCAUUCGUUAUGCCUGUCACCCAACUUGUCCCGUCAUUGAUUCCUCCUAAUUUGACCUUCCCCCAAACUCCUCAAGGUCCUUAUGGUUACUCGACACCUCCUUCACAUUACAGCACCCCUGCACAAGUUUCAUUUGAUUCCAAUUCCAUGAAAUAUGAACCUCAGUUCAGUGGUUACAUUGAUUAUUCGAUGGGAGGCAUCAUCUGUCCUCCACAGAUGAACAGCGUCAUGCCAAACGAAGUCGUAUGCCCUAAUUAUUCAGUUGGAUUUCAGAUGACUCCAGUGGUCUUCCGACAGAUGGGCUCGCCACCCCAGGGCAUGCAGAACACUUACUCGUACACAAGCACUCCUGGAAGAUUUGUCAAUCAGUUCUCUUUCCCCCCACCCGCUCUGACGUGUGCCCAGACAGUGAGCAACAACAUGACUCUCUCCCAGCAGUCCAUGCAUCAGUCGACAGCUCUGCCCAACAUUCUCAACCUCGAUAUGUCUGUGGCUACAUCAAAUUUCAAGAACAAACCAAUCGACAAAUGUUCGUUACUGCCUCCAUCAGGACUUAACAAACUCAACAGUCCAAAAAUUCAGCCGGUAACUAACUUCCAGAAAGGAAUGAAUGCAGGCUGUCUGAAUGACUCAGGUGGAUCAUUGUCAAAUCGGAGCAGAGAGAUGGAUGAAGUUGUAAAUUUGGAAAAUGUGGCAAACAAGCAGAUGAUACUUAGUAUCAGUACGCCAUCUUUACUGAUGGACUCUGACUCCAAUAAGUUCAUCAGUUGUCAUGAAAAUGUUACUGCUGCAACUACUGCUGCUACAACUGCUGCUGCUACAUCUGCUGCCCUUGCUGAUGAUGCUACAAAGAACAAGAAGGAUGAAAGUUUGAUGAAAGGCAAGGAGGAAGUCAGUUACUUGAAGACGACGUUUGCUGAAGACAUGGGAGCCAUCAAGUCCAUAAUAAAUUCAACACCGAUGUCUGACCCACACAAGAAGAAGAACUCCCUACUCCUCAUGACACCUACCCCUGUCCAUCCACCUCCUAACAUUCAGCCAAAGUCAGUUGAUGCCCCCAAGGUACCUGGCAAUGUCCAUUUUGACAUGGCGGACGUGGGUAAGGCGACGUCGUCAGCACUGAAACAGUUCCAUCAUGGCAAAUGCCACAUGUCAGCACAGUCAGAGGCCUCAUCGGAAGCAGCAGCAGCAACGGCAGCACCAAGACAUGGCAAGUGCCACCAAAUGAAGCACGCGCCCAAACAGCUGAUCUUUUCGUCAAUGUCCACCAGCAACAAGACAUUGAAUCACUCUCCGUACGAGUCAUCUGUCAAUCAAAUAAAACCGCCUCCCCUUAGCUACAGCUUGCAGAGCAUGAGUAUGCCGGCGGCGGCCAGCACGCCUCAGAAGUGUUUGCAGUCAUUAGGGAACUCCUACCACACCACACUAACUGAGCAACCGACCGCCAAUAAGUUGGAUACGCUGGUCAAUGGACAGCACAACAACACCCUGGUUAGCAACACAACAACCCUUAAUGACGUUAGUGAAACUGCCAGAAAGGAGACCCUACUAAGUUUCUCUGACAUCCCCCAAGUUAGGGAAAAAAGAUCCGACAUUCAGCUGCUUAAUUGCCCGCCUCACAAUCCGUGUCUCGGGUACAAGUUAGACGCGGAGGAAGAUUGCAGCGGAAUGAUUGUGAAGUUGGAUGAGGCUUUCAUCGAGGGACUGAUCAACCUCUUCAUCAAGGACAAGAAUGAUGGCCGGGACGAGGAGAUAAAGACAAGUUCGAUGAUAUCAUUUGCUCUAUGCUUCGUUUAA